GAGAGAGAGAGGGGGGAAAGUGAGACAUAUACGGAUCACCCCCAAAAGUCUGUAAUCACUAAAGCAAAAAACAAAGAAAUCAAAUUUCCUUUUUCUAAUUCACUUUCUGACCCAAAAAAAAGAAGAAAAAAAGGAAAAAGAGAACAGAAAAUGAGCAGUGCAGAACAAGAACUUCUCAACAUCAAUCCUCUUGAGCUCAAAUUCCCAUUUGAGCUGAAGAAACAGAUAUCUUGUUCCCUUCAAUUAUCAAAUAAAACUGAAAAUCAUGUUGCGUUUAAGGUCAAAACUACGAAUCCUAAAAAAUAUUGUGUUCGUCCAAACACUGGCAUUGUUUUGCCAAGAUCCACUUGUGAUGUCAUUGUAACAAUGCAAGCGCAGAAGGAGGCGCCUGCUGACAUGCAAUGCAAGGACAAGUUUCUACUUCAGAGUGUGGUUGCAACUGCCGGUACCUCUCCAAAAGACAUCACCCAAGAAAUGUUCAAUAAGGAGCCUGGACGCGUUGUGGAAGAGUGCAAAUUGAAAGUGAUUUAUCUUCCCCCACCACAACCACCAUCUCCCGUUGCAGAAGGAUCAGAAGAAGGUUCUUCGCCAAGACAGUCCUUGACAGAGAAUGACAGUCAAAAUGGUUCUGAGCUCACAAGAACAUUCCUUGAAACUCAUGACAAAUCUUCAGAGGCAAAAUCAGUUAUUUACAGAUUGACGGAGGAGAAAACUGCUUUUCUACAUCACAGCAACAGACUUCGUCAAGAAUUGGAACUUCUGAGGCGCGAUGUCGGCAAAAGUCGCGGCGGUGGUGGUGCUUCCUUCAUGUUUGUCAUCAUUGUUGGCUUGAUAGGUGUAGCUUUGGGCUACAUCCUCAAAAGUUGAGCAGUAAUCAAAUGUUCAACUAAAUGUUCAUUUCUCAACCUCAGAGAAGCAUUGAGGAGAAAAGAAGAGAGGCUGACCAGUGGUUGAAACAAUGGUGAUUUUUUGUCUUAGUUAGCUGAACUCAUUAGUAGGAAAACAUUGUCCUUUUAUGUGGUAUUUAAUUGGCUCAAAAGAAGUUGCAACUACUUUAGUGACUAAGCAUUAUGGAUGAUAAUUCUAGCUUGAAAAAAUGUCCUAAUAACUUUGUAUCUAUUAGAUAAAGUAGUCUAAUUUUCAGCUUUGGUAGACAGAGUUACUCGUAACUGUGCUGGUGGCAGGUAGCAGGGAUUGUCGAGGUGAUUAUCAAACAAAAAUAAAAAUUUAGUCUAUUUUAUUUCUCCCA